GUUGAAAACAAUUCGCAGUUCCUAAAAAGUACCAGAGAGCAUUUGUCAUGUGAAAAUAACCAAGUCCACUGUAUGGAAACCAUAGGUUGAGAACAACGGUAUGGAUGGGAUGUGAUGCGAAUGUGAGCUGCCAAAAAGCUAACGGGUCACCGGCGGAUAACACCGUCACAUUCAGAGUCAAAUACAGAAGAAAACAUUAUCUAUGUACGGACUCCAAACCCUUCAGAAUUUCUUACCUUUGUAUAGAUGCAGUCAGCUGAAAAUAGGCUUUACUAUUCGAAAAAACAGUAAACGUUCAGGCAAUAAUUGAACAUGGAGCCCUUGGAUAGACUGGAGAACCUUGCCUCAAGUCUUGAGACCGUGGCAUCGAAUGGUUUUCAGGCUACUACGGCUGACAAUGGACAGAAGGACAGCUCACCUGCAGAGAUACUAAGGAUGAAAGAACAGAUGUCAAAUCAAUGUUUUGAGAUGGCAGUGAAGCUCCAAGCAGGAAAAAGCAAAAGAUCUUCUUGCAGUGCAUCUGAUGCUGAGAAAGACUUGCUGGAUUAUGCAAAUACUUUGGAGGAAGCAAAAAUCAUUCAUUUUAACAAGACAUUGGCCUUACACAGGAUGCAGGUGUGGCAUGCCAUCUCUGAGAAGCUGAAACAGAGUGAUCCAGAGGCUGUAGCAAUGAGGGGACUGACCAGUUGUAGCCUAGACCUUUGUUCAAAGAUAAAGACACUUCAGCAGGAAUCAUGUGAACUGCAGGACCAAAUCACAGAUGUUAAAAAGCAGAGGCUAGAUCUAAAGCGUCUCACUCAUGAGAAGAUGAAGGAGAUGGAUGAACUGAAGAGGAAGAGGGAGCACCCAGAGGCAGAGAAGUACAGAAAUGUCCUGCAGAAAGGCCAGUCUCACCUGGAAAAGUACCAGAAGAUGGCCACCAUCACACAGAAUGUCCUGCGGGGGAUCAUCAUUGCCAGUAAAGUGAACUGGAGAGACGACCCCAAAUUGAGAGACAUCGCCAUGACGCUGGAGGACAUUCCCAUCUCUGAGGAAUGAGCUUUCCGCAUGGAAGGGAAACAUUUCUGUGACAUUGCUUAAAUGUAUAAACCAUUAGUUGUUUUUACAAUAAAAAGCAUAUUUGUAUUGACCAUGUGUUUUUAUGAAUAAAACUGCUGUUCACCAGUU